AUGAGAAAGAGUUCAGCUCCGGCCCAAACCCAGACAGUUCCACCUGAGCCUCGUCCGUCUCCAGCACACAGCAGCGUGAAGGAACCUUCGGUAGAUCUCCUGAACACAGUUGCUGAAAAAUUAGAAAAAGUGAAAGAUGUCACUGAAUAUAGUACCGAACAUAAGAAUCUUUUGAAUACUGUGGCCCAAAAACUAGUUGAAGCAAAGGACACCGUUGCUGAAAAGGUAAAGGAAACUAAAGAGUAUGUGGAGAGAGAAGCAACGGUCGUGAAUGACAUGUUGAGACCUGUCACAGGAGAAUAA